GGAGGGCAAAAGAGAGGGAGGGAGUCAGACUCCGCUCCUGGGAGGCCGAGGCUUCCCGGGGAGUUCUGUCCCAGCAACUGUCAACUGGGGCGCGACGCGGGGGCUUGGGGACAGCCGGGCGGAGAGAGCGGGCCGAAAGGUCCAGGAUGGCGGGUGCCAAGAACGGCUCCUGGACCGGGCCGGAUACCUAUGUGCGCCUGACCCAGGCGGCCGGGCACGGCCCCGAUCAGGAGCAGCGGCAGAAACAUCAGCGCCAGGCGGCGAACAGUGUCCAUGGUGCCGGGUCCGAGCGAACCACGGGACGACGCGUCCCAGGAGAGCGCAGGCGGGACCAAGAUGGGGAUGCCCCGAGAGUGCCUUGAGGGACAUCGGAAAGCUGAAGGGAAAUGACCUGCAAGUGAUUGCUCAAUACUCCAAUUUGCAGCAUCGAGGAAGCCUUGAAUCCACAUCUAGAGAGCGGGGCGUGCACGUCUGAGAAGGGCUGAGAGAAAGUGUGAGUCACGAGUCACGGUGUGGCCAGAGAGAUCAAUCAGCUGGCUCCCACCUUACACCCUGGUGUGAACCAUUCCCUCUGCUGAGCCCUUCUCCCUGAACCAAAUUCUCAUCGCCUGAUCUUCACUGGAGCUGAGGAGACAACAGGAGCUAAGAAAGCUGAUUUUGUUUUGCUGUUUCAGCCCCAAAGGAAUCAGAAGAGUGCUUGGUCCUUGGUAAUUAUUUGGUAAAUAUUUGCUGAAUAACAAAUACUGUUAGCUACUCUCAUUUGAUCAGCCCAAAUAGAAAGACAGAAAGAAAAAUGAGAAGAUAAAGAAUACCCGGAUAUACAUGUAUUGCAUAUGUUUGACAUGACGUUUGACAGUCAUGUUGGAUGUGGAAGAGUUCAACUUAUGCAUCCAGAUUUCGGGAAAUGCAAGAUAUCUGACAUCCAGCAUUUACACCCACAAAAACCAUUAAAAACCACAAUAACCUGACUUAUUUUCAAAAAUCUCCUGUAGGGAGCAGUAUUGCUCCCAUUGAGAACUUCUAUGAAUGGCGUGCAGCUCUGAGAUUCUUCCUCCCCCUCCUCUCUGCUUUGCUUUUGGGGAACCCUGGAUCCUCUAAUGGUAGUGCAAGAUGAAAGAAAAGCAGGCAAAAGAUGCCAGUGAUCAAUAUUGAGGACCUAUCAGAAAAGGACAAAUUGAAGAUGGAGGUUGACCAACUCAAGAAGGAACUGGCACUGGAAAGGAUGCUGGUGUCUAAAUGUUGUGAAGCAGUAAGGGAUUAUGUUGAAGAAAGAUCUGGGGAAGAUCCACUAGUAAAAGGUAUCCCAGAGGACAAAAAUCCCUUCAAAGAGCUCAAAGGAGGCUGUGUGAUUUCGUAAAGGAAAAAAAACAAAAUCUUUAGAAUACCUGUAAU